CCAGUUUCGAGGUUUUUGAAGGGAGUGCACUUCGGCUCGUUUCCCUCCAAAACGGAGCCACAUUCCCGCGCCAUUUCGAGGUCUCCGCCUCGCCAUUGCCUCUCAUGUUGCUCGAUUCGGCGUGUUCCAGCCUCUCGCCGGGACAGUCCGUCGCAAGUGUUAGUUGUAGAAUUUCGCUUGGUUUAGAUUGAUGUUCGAUUGGCGUUUUGCCUUGCUCUUGUGAGCGGAACAAUUCUAACACUGGAGUUGCCGUAUUCUGCACUGGAUCUCUGCUGAAAGUGGUCGUCAAUUGAGGCGAAAAUGGAGAAUGAGGACGACGCUCUGGAUUUGCUACUUUCAUUACAGACUGACGAUGAUCCGAUUACGGAGAGUGUCCCAUCUGCAUCGGAAGUCGAUGUGCGCAGUGAAACCACCACGGUUGCGGCGGUCACCGUGGAAGCCGCCGACAACAGUUUGCGGGAGUUGGAUACAAAUCACCCAGGUGCAACUGCACCAAUUACGAAAAUUCCAGUAGAAGGCGAUGCGCCCAAUUUUGCUACAACGUCAUUGGCACCAGAAACUGACCUGACAGACACAGGGUAUUAUUCGGAUGACGAAGGGCUCAAGCGAAAUGUCUCUAUGGCAGCAUUUCGGGACGUUGUCAAGAAUUCCUUGGAAAAGCCUGGUGACCCUACCGUGGUGAACUUCAACCGCUCAAACAUAGCGGGGAAAAUCCUUCCUUGUAAUCAAGUAGAUAUUGAUCAGCAUUCGGGUCUGAGGAUCAGAGAUAGGCUGGUAUCUUCUACCACACUGAACAGUAGGUUUUGCGACCUCAAGUUUGUGCGCCUGCAAGCUAUAAAGUUGGUUGGCAUGGCUACCAAUUUCAAGGGAGAGUGGGCUACUGUGGGAGUGUUGAUCGAGAAAGGACAGCCAAAAUUGAGUGCAGCAGGUAAAAACUUCGCUGUUUGGAAACUAGCGUCAUUGGACGGUGGAGUGAUCAGCGUCUUUGUGUUCGGAGAUGCUUAUACUCAAAAUUGGAAAGAAUCACUAGGGGCAGUUUUUGCUGUCUUCAGUGCUAAAGUUCGUCUUGACGAGAAGAGCAAACAACCAAGCCUUAGCAUUUUCAAUGGAAAUCAAAUGCUCAAGAUAGGAUCUUCAGUAGACUAUGGUGUCUGCAAGGGCAAGAAAGUUGGUGGUGGCCCCUGCACCAUGGUGGUUAACAAAAGGUCACAAGGGGAUUUUUGUCACCAUCAUCUUGGGGCUGCAUAUCAGAAAAUCAAAACCAAAAGAGCCGAGAUCAGUGGUGGGAAUCUAGCUACUGCAUUUUCUGGUCCAGGAACUAAAAGGGCACAAACCGUGAAAGCACUUCCGAGAAGUCCCGUGAAGGAAGUCGAGUACACCCGACCUAUUAAGCAGUUGAACUCAACCGAUUUAAGGAAAGUCUUGAGCACUGCGGAGAAAGUUACAUCUAACGUUUACUCUCAAGGCAUGAGAUUCCUGGAAACAAGGUCCCAGCAGCAUUUCGUUCUGGAACAGAAACUGGAAAGCUUAAAGAAAAAGGCAACGACAGAACUUGCUGUGACUAAGAAAAAAGCCAGAGUUCCACUUGUGGAGAAGCCUGUAAAUAAAAGUACAGUAGAGAAAUCCAAAGAACCAGUCAAGCCGAACGUGAUGGAGCUUGACAUUGAUGAGAUUGAUGAUGACAUGGAACAGGCUCGUAUAUUCUUUUCAUCUCAAGGCCCUCAAGGAUUGAAGGCUAAGUGAUGCUUACGCAGUGGAUUUAACCCUCUGCGAGCCUGUAUUUCUUCCCUUGUGUACAUUUUUUUUUUUUUUUUUUUUUUUUUUUUUUCCAAUUAGGGAUGACAGGGUUUUAGGAUAGUUUCAACUGAUAUCAGGGUCUCAUUUAAUAGGAUCUAAUUAGUACAAUGCCGAAGAAACUUCAAGAGGGCUCCAUAUGUGGACACAAAAUAGCUCCACUAGGAUUCUAUAGCUAUCCAAGAAACCAAUCCAAUGUCGUUGUGAACCAGUAUUAAUAAAUCAUAGGAACUUAAGGCUAUGAUAUCGUUUC